ACUUCCUAUAAAAUGAAGAUAACUUUCAGUUGUUGGUAUUGUGGUUAGGGACAGCUGUACCCAUUAAAACAUCCCAUCCCUGAUUCGGUUGAAUCCCCUCAGACUAUUUUUAGCGCACAACCGAAGCUAUUGUAUAUAAUGAUGAGUUGCUAUGUACAUUCAACACUUACUGCCACAGCUACUCGGACAACAACAGACACUUAUAAUGAAUUUCAGCGUCACUAACUUAGCUGCAACUACAUCAUAUCCGACCUGUUAUUCUGGCCAUCUGGUAAUGGACUGGCUCUAUAUCGUGAACGGACUGGUAGCAGUGUUCGUUGCGUUUUGUCUCCUGAUGAUCUUGUCAGGGGACAGCGAUAUAUUACUUCAACUGAUGGAAAGAUUCGGCAAAUCUCCAGAGUGUUUGACUGAGAAAGUGGUGUGGAUCACUGGGGCAUCCAGUGGGAUCGGCGAAGCUCUGGCCUACGAAAUGGCACGUGCACGAUGUCGUCUUGUAUUAUCGGCAAGGCGGGAAAAAGAACUCGAACGUGUCAAAAUGGAAUGCAUCCGUGUUGGUGGUCUCAGUCAAGAGGAUGUGUUGGUUUUAAAACUGGACAUCAAGGAGUACUCGGAACACGAAUCUGCUGUUCAACAAGUGCAUAAGACGUUUCAAAAGAUAGACAUAUUAAUCAACAACGCUGGGCGCACUAACAAGGGAAAGUGGACAUCUACAUGUCUGGCUGUAGACCAGGAGUUGUUAGCGGUCAAUGUGUUAGGACCAGUAUCCUUAACACGAGCCGUUCUGCCCCAUAUGAUGUCCAGGAACGAGGGUCAUAUUGUUGUUACCAGCAGUGUGGCUGGAAAACUGGGCGCUGCAUUGUAUGCUGGGUCAUAUUUCGGUUCAAAACAUGCGCUUCAGGGCUGGUUUGAUUCGCUUAGACCGGAAGUAUACAGUAAGAAUAUAGCCGUCACUUCCGUUUGCCCCGGACCAAUUUAUACCAACCUCUUACAGGACGCUUUAAAAGAAAAAGAAGGGGAGAUUUUACAAGGUAGAAUGGAUCCGCAUAAACACAGAAUGUCCUCCAAAAGAUGUGCUCGACUAAUGGCUGUGGCCAUUGCAAACCGUUGUGAUGAGGCGUGGAUCUCGACAACUUCAGGUCUCGUCUCCCUCUACCUUAACCAGUAUUUCCCCGACACUUUUAAAUGGUUCGUCAAAAUAUUUUCAGCUAAACUAAUGGCUGAAAUUGACAAUGAACUAAAUACGAAGUUGGAGUCACAGACCAAAAAUGGCAAAUGAGCAAGAGAUGAAAAACAUGAUGAAUUUUAAACCAAAGAAAUCCUGUUUGUUGGUAAUAUUUCUAACUUUAAGAAGGAAAGUGAAACGUUUUUCUUCAGCUGCAUCCAAAGGUAACUUUGUCUUCGUUAGUUUACAAGGUUAACAGCCAUGACUAACAGGAACGACGUUAAGACUGUUACCAUUAACUGCUUUGUAUAUCAAAGAUUCUCCAGGAGUGUUUAUUGGCAGACUAUUCACUGCUGGGUUUAAUAUCGUGGUAGUACUGAUAUCCCAACACACAGGAUGAGAUAUGACGGACAAAGCGUUUAAUAGUCACAAAAAGAUAAUACGAAAUCCAAACAAAAAUUAGCUUUAUUGGUCGUUUUUCACUCAUAGUGAUUUUAGGUUAUAUCACUGCCUUUCAUAAAUCAUAGUGCACUGCUCAUAGGGGUUCGUCCUAGACAAAUUGAAUUUCUCAUUUAUUGUGGUCAAUACUGUGUAUUUACAUUCUGUGUUGCAUUUGCCUAUAUGUCGUUAGUAAACCAAAUUGCAGUGUAUGAGAAUGUAUACUACAAUUUACAGUGAUACGGCCAGUGUAGGAAUACAGCUGGUACAAGGUAAACAAACAUGACCGCCAGUCACAUCCGAUAUCAAUAGGCAGAGAACUUUCUGUGUUCGUUAGCAUUUAGCGAUGUUGGGUCAUCGCAAAAAAAAAGAACUUGACAAAUUAUGACAAUAUAAUUUUAUUAUAAGAUGUGUGGGUACCACAAAAUUAUUGUAA